AAAUAAUCAAGUGUGCAAAAGACCCCUCCCAUUUGGACCGGCGAGUAAUCUGGAAAAGCUUGUAUAGUCAAAAAGGCAGUACUCACAGCGACCGGCGAGUCCACCGCCACCGCCACCACUACGGCGUAGCUUCCACCACUCCGAUUCCUGUCCACGGCGACGGAGUGAGGCAUAGAUAACCGAAUUGGUGAAUGGAGUCCAGCCUGGAGUUGGUGCGAUCGUCGGUGGAGCAAGUGUUGGGGGUUAAGUUGGGUGACGAGACGGCGGUGCUGGUGCUGACGACGUCUGCGGCAUUGAUUUUAGGCCUGCUGAUAUUUAUAUGGAAGAGAUCGAGUGGUGAUCUCAGCAAGGCGGCGAAGCCGGUCGUUGUCCCCAAACUGGUGACGCUUAAGGAUGACGAGGAGGAAGAAGAUUUGGACCCCGACAAGGUUAAGGUCGCCGUAUUUUUCGGAACUCAGACUGGCACCGCUGAAGGCUUUGCCAAGGCUCUAGCAGAGGAGAUCAAAGCAAGAUAUGAGAAGGCAGUUGUUAAGGUUAUCGACUUGGACGAUUAUGCUGCAGAUGAUGAUCAAUAUGAGGAAAAGCUCAAGAAGGAGACUCUAGCAUUCUUCAUGGUGGCAACUUAUGGAGAUGGCGAGCCGACCGAUAAUGCUGCUAGAUUCUAUAAAUGGUUCACUGAGGGGAAAGAAAGAGAACCGUGGCUUCAACAGCUUGCCUAUGGAAUAUUUGCUUUGGGUAACCGCCAAUAUGAACAUUUCAAUAAGAUCGGAAAAGUAAUUGAUGACCAGCUAAGUGAACAAGGUGCAAAACGUCUGGUACCGAUUGGUCUUGGAGACGAUGAUCAAUGCAUCGAAGAUGAUUUCACUGCUUGGAGGGAGCAACUAUGGCCUGAAUUAGAUCUAAUUCUUAGGGGUGAGGAUGAUGCAGACUCUGUGUCUACCCCAUACACAGCUGCAAUUUCAGAAUAUAGAGUUGUAAUUCAUGAUCGUACUUCAACACUGUAUGAUAAUAACCACGAAAGCAUUGCUAACGGGGAUGCUGCGUACGACGUACAUCAUCCAUGCAGAGUCAAUGUUGCGGUUAAAAGAGAGCUUCACACUCCUGAAUCUGACCGCUCUUGCAUACACCUGGAGUUUGAUUUAUCUGGAACCAGUAUAGUUUAUGGAACUGGAGAUCAUGUGGGUGUCUUUGCUGAAAAUUGUGAUGAAACUGUUGAAGAAGCAGCAAAAUUAUUAAGCCAGCCUUUGGAUUUAUUAUUUUCUAUCCACUCUGACAAAGCUGAUGGCACAUUGCUUGGAGGCUCAUUGCCACCUCCAUUUCCUGGUCCUUGCUCGCUUCGUACUGCUCUCGCAUGCUACGCAGACCUGUUGAGUCCUCCUAGAAAGGCUGCUUUGCUUGCUUUAGCUGCUCAUGCUUCUGAACCGGUUGAAGCAGAGAAGCUUAAACUCUUGUCAUCGCCUCAGGGAAAGGAUGAGUAUUCUCAAUGGGUUGUGGGCAGUCAGAGAAGUCUUCUUGAGGUUAUGGCUGAGUUUCCUUCCUCAAAACCACCACUUGGUGUAUUUUUUGCAGCUGUGGCUCCACGCCUGCAGGCUCGUUACUAUUCUAUUUCUUCAUCUCCGAGGUUCGCUCCAAGUCGUGUACAUGUGACAUGUGCAGUAGUUAAUGGUCCGAGUCCCACCGGUCGAAUUCAUAAAGGAGUGUGUUCGACCUGGAUGAAGAAUGCAACUCCCUUGGAGACACACACUGAUUGUAGCUGGGCUCCUAUCUUUAUCAGACCGUCUAAUUUCAAAUUGCCUGAUGAUGCGUCUACUCCAAUUAUAAUGGUCGGACCUGGAACUGGUUUGGCACCUUUUAGAGGAUUUCUACAGGAAAGAUCGGCUCUGAAAAGGGAAGGUGCUGAACUUGGACCUGCUAUACUGUUUUUUGGUUGUAGGAAUCGUCGAAUGGAUUUUAUUUAUGAAAAUGAACUAAACGAUUUCGUGGAUCAAGGAGUAAUAUCAGAGCUGAUUGUUGCCUUCUCAAGGGAGGGGUCGCAGAAGGAUUAUGUUCAACAUAAAAUGAUGGAAAAGGCUGCCCAAGUAUGGAGUUUGAUUUCUGGCGGGGGAUAUCUUUAUGUAUGUGGAGAUGCUAAGGGGAUGGCCAGAGAUGUUCAUCGCAGCUUGCACACCAUUGUCCAAACACAGGAAAAUGUGGAUUCGACGAAGGCAGAGGCCACUGUGAAGAAACUCCAGAUGGAUGGUCGAUACCUAAGGGAUGUGUGGUGAUUGUUUCAGGUCAGUAAGAUGGUCUCGGUUUCGGUGUUUCUGAAGCUUUGUGUACCAACGCUAGUUGCUCGAAUUUAUUAGAGGAGACGUUUUUCUUCCCUUUUUCAACUUCAUUAAAAUAUGUUAUAUAGAAAAUCUUUUGCUAGUUAGGAACAAGAUAUUGAAUGGAAACACAGUGGUUAUAGGUCAUAUAUUAAAUGAUUUUGUAUAUUUUUACUUGUAUACAUGAAGUGAAGAUACGAGGACCUGAUCUUUUCGAUUAUUUAUUAUUGCUUCGAGGAUGGUAUAAUUUAUUAUAUACGCAUUUUCCUCUUUGA